CAGGACAACACACUCAUGGUGGAUGCUAAAGGCCGGAACAGGAAAUGUCUGACCUUCCUCUUGAUGCUCCCAGAGUCCGUCAAGAGCAAGCCGCCGAGUACUAAGAGCUCCAAAAAGACAGCUAACGUCGGUGGCGCUUCCGGGGGUAGUACCGGGGGUAGUACCGGGGGUAGUACCGGGGGUAGUACCGGGGGAAGUACCGGGGGUAGUACCGGGGGUAGUACCGGGUCCAAGCUGCCUCCGGUGUGUUACGAGAUCAUUACCCUGAAGAACAAAAAGAACAAGAAGAAGAUGUCAGAUAUUUUCCCCAGCACUAAGAAGCAGGGUGGAGGGUCGGGGGCCACAGUGCAGGAGUACCAGCAACAGAACCUGAAUAAUAACAACACCAUUCAGAACUGUAACUGGCAGGGGAUGUACUCUACUAUACGAGAGAGGUGGGUGACACUAACUAACUAACUAACUCAUAUACUAGCGGUAGGUGACACUAACUAACUAACUCAUAUACUAGCGGUAGGUGACACUAACUAACUAACUCAUAUACUAGCGGUAGGUGACACUAACUAACUAACUAACUCAUAUACUAGCGGUAGGUGACACUAACUAACUCAUAUACUAGCGGUAGGUGACACUAACUAACUAACUAACUCAUAUACUAGCGGUAGGUGACACUAACUAACUAACUAACUAACUAAUAUACGAGAGAGGUGGGUGACACUAACUAACUCACUCAUAUACUAGCGGUAGGUGACACUAACUAACUCAUAUACUAGAGAGGUGGGUGACACUAACUAACUAACUAACUCAUAUACUAGCGGUAGGUGACACUAACUAACUAACUAACUCAUAUACUAGCGGUAGGUGACACUAACUAACUAACUAACUCAUAUACUAGCGGUAGGUGACACUAACUAACUAACUACCUCAUAUUCACUAGCUCCUUGGAGUGUGGCGCCUCACCAUUUGGAUCUCCACACUUUGCUGUUCUGGGCCGGGUCCCAGGCUGGGAGCAUCCUCCUCCUGUUCUGGGCCGGGUCCCAGGCUGGGAGCAUCCUCCUCCUGUUCUGGGCCGGGUCUCAGGCUGGGAGCAUCCUCCUCCUGUUCUGGGCCGGGUCCCAGGCUGGGAGCAUCCUCCUCCUGUUCUGGGCCGGGUCCCAGGCUGGGAGCAUCCUCCUCCUGUUCUGGGCCGGGUCCCAGGCUGGGAGCAUCCUCCUCCUGUUCUGGGCCAGGUCCCAGGCUGGGAGCAUCCUCCUCCUGUUCUGGGCCGGGUCCCAGGCUGGGAGCAUCCUCCUCCUGUUCUGGGCCGGGUCCCAGGCUGGGAGCAUCCUCCUCCUCUAGAAAAGAGACCAGGGAAUCAUACUGUAACAUAUGAUUCCCUGGUCUCUGCUCUAGAAGACGCUGAUUUACAGUAUGAUAGUGUGUUCCCUCAGGCCACUACUCUACUACCACAUAUCUACAAUACAAAAAAACAUGUGAAUGUGUGCGUAUAGUGUGUGUCUUAUCAUGUGUAUGUGUGUCCGUGCCUGUGUGUGUGUCUCUUCACAGCCCCCCGCUGUUCCGUAAGGUGUACUGUAUGCAUCAGUUACCUGAUGUGGAAUAGAGUUCCAUGUAGUCAUGGCUCUAUGUAGUACUGUGCGCCUCCCAUAGUCUGUUCUGGACUUGAGGACUGUGAAGAGACCUCUGGUGGCAAAGUCUUUUGGGGUAUGUAUGGGUGUCCGAGCUGAGUGCUAGUAGUUUAAACAGACAGCUCGGUGCAUUCAACAUGUCAAUACUUCCUACAAAAACAAGUAGUGAUGAAAUCAAUCUCUCCUCUGUUUUGAGCCUUGAGAGAUUUACAUGCAUAUUAUUAAUGUUAGCUAUCUGUGUACAUUUAAGGGCCAGCUGUGCUGCCCUGUUCUGAGCCAAUUGUAAUUUUCAGAGAUCCCUCUUUAUGGCACAAAGACUGAACAGUAGUCCAGGUGAGACAAAACUAGAGCCUGUAGGACCUGCCUUGUGUGUAGGAGUGGCAGUGAGUGUGAGUGUGGAGGGCCCUGUGAGUGUGCACAGAGACAGUGAAAAAAUAAGGGUAAACUCAGAUAGUUGUGUACCAAUUCUGUUAGCUAUUUAGCAGUCAUAUGGCUUGGGGAUAGAAGCUGUUCAGGAGCCUGUUGGUGUCAGACUUGAUGCACCGGUACCGCUUGCCGUCUGGAAGCAGAGAGAACAGUCCAUGGCUUGGAUGGCUGGAGACUUUGAUGACUUUCCCGGGCCUUCCUUUCACACUGUCUGAUAUAGAGGUCCUGGACGGCAGGGAGCUUGGCCCCAGUGACGUACUGGGCUGUCCGUACCACCCUCUGUAGCGCCAUGCGAUCGAGGGCGGUGUUGUUGCCAUACCAGGCGGUGAUGCAGUCAGUCAAGAUGCUCUCAAUGGUGCAGCUGUAGAACUUUUUGAAGAUUUGAUGGCCCAUGCCAAACCGUUUUCAACCUCCUGCGCAUGUGAGUGGACCAUUUUAAGUCCUUAGUGAUUUGGACACCGAGGAACAUGAAGCGAUCGACCCACUCAGCUGCAGCCUCGUCGAUGUGGACGGAGGCGUGCUCGCCCACCCGUUUCAUGUAGUCCACGAUCAGCUCCUUGGUCUUGCUGAUGUUGAGAGAGAGGUUGUUGCUCCGGCACCACACUGACAGGUCACUGACCUCCUCCCUGUAGGCUGUCUCAUCGUCGCUGGUGAUCAGGCCAACCACCGCCGUGUCGUCAGCAAACUUGAUGAUGGUGUUGGAGUCGUGCUUGGCCAAGCAGUCGUGGGUGAACAAGGAGUACAGGAGGGGACUAAGCACACACUUCUGUGGGGCCCCCGUGUUGAGGGUCAGCGUGCGUCAGGAAGUUCAGGAUCCAGUUGCAGAGGGAGGGGUUCAGUCCCAGGGUCCUAAGCUUGUUGACGAGCUCGGAGGGGACAACAGUGUUGAACGCUGAGCUGUAGUCAAUGAACAGCAUCCUGUUGACGAGCUCGGAGGGGACAACGGUGUUGAACGCUGAGCUGUAGUCAAUGAACAGCAUCCUGUUGACGAGCUCGGAGGGGACAACGGUGCUGAACGCUGAGCUGUAGUCAAUGAACAGCAUUCUCAAAUAGGUAUUUCUAGGUGGGUGAGGGCAGUGUGGAGUGCAAUUGAGACUGCGUUGUCUAUGGAUCUGUUGGGGCGGUUUCCAAAUUGUGGUGAGUCGAUGGCACUGGCCAGCCUUUUCUGAGUAACGAUCACUUUCUGAGUCAAAAUGCAGGCCGAGAUCUACAGCUCAGAUUUUAUUUUAAACAUGUCUUAAUAAAUGUAAGCCUACGCAACAUGAACCAAUUAAAAACAGUUCUGUAGCAGUGAGGUUUGUGCAGUAGGCUAUAGGUCCAGUACAUUAUCACUGCAUAUCGGCUACGCUUGAGUUGCCCUGCCAAUGUUGUUCUUCUCCGACCAUUUUGAAAUUAUAUAAAACAUUUUUAGGUAUAUGAUCACACGUAGGGAGAACGCACAUUUUAUGGCUUAUAAAAGUGUUGGACAACGUGUUGACAGUGCUUGAUAACAACUGAAACAUUUACUCAUUAAAACAGCAGCUCUUUGCUGUAUUCAUGGGUAUUGUGCUAUUUCAGCCACACCCGUUGCUGACAGGUGUAUAAAAUCGAGCACACAGCCAUGCAAUCUCCAUAGACAAACAUUGGCAGUAGAAUGGCCUUACUGAAGAGCUCACAGACUUUCAACGCGGCACCGUCAUAGGAUGCCACCUUUCCAACAAGUCAGUUUGUCAAAGUUCUGCCAUGCUAAAGCUGCCCCGGUCAACUGUAAGUGAUGUUAUUGUGAAGUGGAAAUGUCUAGGAGCAACAACUGCUCAGCCGUGAAGUGGUCGGCCACACAAGCUCACAGAACAGGACCGCCGAGUGCUGAAGCGCAUAGCGCUUAAAAAUCGUCUGUCCUCGGUUACAACACUCACUACUGAUUUCCAAACUGCCUCUGAAAGCAACGUCAGCACUGUUCGUCGGGAGCUUCAUGAACAACUGUUCGUCGUGAGCUUCAUGAAAUGGGUUUCCAUGGCAGAGCAGCCACACACAAGCCUAAGUUCACCAUGCGCAAUGCCAAGCGUCGGCUGGAGUGGUGUAAAGCUCGCCGCCAUUGGACUCUGGAGCAGUGGAAACGCGUUCUCUGGAGUGAUGAAUCACGCUUCACCAUCUGGCAGUCCGACUGACAAAUCUGGGUUUGGUGGAUGCCAGGAAAACGCUACGUGCCCCAAUGCAUAGUGCCAACUGUAAAGUUUGGUGGAGCAGGAUUAAUAGUCUGGGGCUGUUUUUCAUGGUUCGGGCUAGGCCCCUUAGUUCCAGUGAAGGGAAAUUUCAACGCUACAGCAUGCAAUGACAUUCUAGACGAUUCUGUGCUUUGUGGCAACAGUUUCGGGAAGGCCCUUUCCUGUUUUAACAUGACAAUGCCCCUGUGCACAAAGCGAGGUCCAUACAGAAAUUGUUUUGUCGAGAUUGGUGUGGAAGAACUUGACUGGAAUGCACAGAGCCCUGACCUCAACCCCAUCGAACACUUUUGGGAUGAAUUGGAACACCGACUGUGAGCCAGGCCUAAUCGCCCAACAUCAGUGCCCGACCUCACUAAUGCUCGUGGCUGAAUGGAAGCAAGUCCCCGCAGCAAUGUUCCAACAUCUAGUGGAAAGCCUUCCCAGAAGAGUGGAGGCUGUUAUAGCAGCAAAGGGGGGGGGGGGGGGACCAACUCCAUAUUAAUGCCCAUGAUUUUGGAAUGAGAUGUUCGACGAGCAGGUGUCCACAUACUUUUGGUCAUGUAGUGUAUGAGAGUUUGAUUUAGCAUACAGCACAGGUACUACUCUGUCCAAUGAAGUCCUGUGAUCUUACUCUGGUCUGUUUUUCAGAAACUCUGUGAUGUUCAACAAUGAGUUGAUGGCCGACGUUCACUUCGUGGUGGGACAGACGGGAGGGACACAGAGACUUCCAGGACACAGGGUAAGGGUAACCAUCAUCAUCUCUUAGGUACUGGGUAACCAGCGGGGACUGAAUCCUUCUCCUGAUCGCCAACCCACAGUCUUAACCGUUAGACAUCCUCACGGUCCAAGGGUGAUAUUUGGGAUUAAGGCAGGGGUAAUUUAUCACUAGACUAUGAUUUCAAAUAACCUGACUUUUAUCUAACUGUCUCAACAGUGAUCCAGUGAUCCAGUGAUCCAGUGAUUCAGUGAUCCAGUGAUCCAAUAGAAAGAACAACUAAUAAGGACUCAUAAACCCAGAGCUGGUUCUUUGUAUCACUACUGUUAGUAUCAUUACUGAUACUGUUCAGAGAGAUGACAUCAUCACCUAUUAGGUACUGUUUAGAGAGAUGACAUCAUCAUCUAUUAGGUACUGUUUAGAGAGAUGACAUCAUCAUCUGUUAGGUACUGUUUAGAGAGAUGACAUCAUCAUCUAUUAGGUACUGUUCAGAGAGACCUCAUGUCCUGGACUGUGCGGUUUUCAGUCAUCCAUUUUGUCCCUUUGUCCCACGUUCCUCAACCAAACAAUCAUGUCCUGCAUUUUAUCAACAAAUUAAAACACCACUAAUUUACAAAGACAUUUCGAUUUGUCCCAUAUUUCGGUCAGACUACCUAUUCAGUUGAUGAGAAUUGACAUUCCAACCUGUCUCUCUUGCAGUCACGUUGCCAUUAUGACAAGAUAUACAGUAAAGUAUUCAUAGACCUUGACUUAUUCCACAUUUUGUUGUGUUACAGCCUGAAUUCAAAAUGUAUUUAAAAAAAUCUAAACAAUCUCACCCAUCUACCCACAAUACCCCAUAAUGAGAAAGUCAAAACAUGUUUUUUGCAAAUUUAUUGAAAAUGAAAUACAAAAAUAACUAAUUUACAUAAGUAUUCACACCCCAAUACAUGUUAGUAUCACCUUUGGCAGCGAUUACAGCUGCGAGUCUUUCCGGGUAAGUCUUUAAGAGCUUUGCACACCUGGAUUGUACAAUAUUUGCACACAUUUUUGAUGCUCUGUCAAGUUGGUUGUUGAUCAUUGCUAGACAACAAUUUUCAAGUCUUGCCAUAGAUUUUCAAGACAAUUUAAGUCAAAAUGUAACUAGGCCACUCAGGAACAUUCAAUGUUGUCUUGGUAAACAACUCCAGUGUAUAUUUUGCCUAGUUUUUUAGGUUAUUGUCCUGCUGAAAGGUGAACUUGUCUCCCAGUGUCUGGUGGAAAGCAGACUGAACCAGGUUUUCCUCUAGGAUGUGGCCUGUGCUUAGCUCUAUUCCAGUUUUUUUAAUCCUGAAAAAUUCCCUGGUUCUUACCAAUGACAAGCAUACCUAUAACAUGACGCAGCCACCACCAUUCUUGAAAAUAAUGUGUUGUAUUGGAUUUGCCCCAAACAUAACACUUCAGGACAUAAAGUUACUUUCUUUGCCACAUUUUUUGCAGUUUUACUUUGGUGCCUUAUUGUAAACAGGAUGCAUGUUUUGGAAUAUUUUUAUUCUGUACAGGCUUCCUUCUUUUCACUGUGUCAUUUAGGUUAGUAUUGUGGAGUAACUACAAUGUUGUUGAUCCAUUCUCAUAUUUCUCCUAUCACAGCCAUUCAACUCUGUAACUGUUUUAAAGUCACCAUUGGCCUCAUGGUGAAAUCCCUGAGCAGUUUCCUUCCUCUCCGGCAACUGAGUUAGGAAGGACGCCUGUAUCUUCAUAGUGACUGGGUGUAUUGAUACACCAUCCAGAGUGUAAUUAAUAACUUCACCAUGCUCAAAGGGAUGGUCAAUGUCUGCUUUUUAUUUGAUUUUUACCCAUCUACCAAUAGGUGCCCUUCUUUACGAGGCAUUGGAAAACCUCCCUGGUCUUUGUGGUUGAAUCUGUGUUUGAAAUUCACUGCUCGACUGAGGGAACUUACAGAUAAUUAUAUGUGUGGGGUACAGAGAUGAGGUAGUCAUUCAAAAAUCCUGUUAAACUCUAUCAUUGCACACAGAGUCCAUGCAACUUAUUAUGUGACUUGUUAAGCAAAUCUUAACUCCCUGAACUUAUUUAGGCUUGUCAUAACAAAGGGGUUAGGAACCAGAACCAUCUGUCAACCAGAACCAUCUGUCAAGCAGAACCAUAUGACCAUCUUUCAACCAGAACCAUAUGACCAUCUGUCAACCAGAACCAUCUGUCAAGCAGAACUGUCUGUCAAGCAGAACCAUCUGUCAACCAGAACCAUCUGUCAACCAGAACCGUCUGUCAAGCAGAACCAUCUGUCAAGCAGAACUUCAUGAUGUGUGUGUGAUCUGAUUUGAUUAUGAUGGGGAGAGCAGCAGCAACAAGCCUGCUCUGUCAUGGUUCAUCAUUUACACCACACAGCACCCGGUCUGAUACUCUGACAGCACCUCUGGGUCCCGUUGACUUUUCAUUGGCCUCACGCCAAAGAGGAGAAAUAAAAACGAACAUCUCUAGCUAUCCCAGCUUGUCCAGUUCAAGAAUUGGGGAACAGACGUCCACCAUUAUCAAAAUGAGACGUUCUUCUCUCUCUCUCUCUCUCUCUCUCUCUCUCUCUCUCUCUCUCUCUCUCUCUCUCUCUCUCUCUCUCUCUCUCUCCCUCCUCCCUCUCUCCUCCCUCCCUCUCUCCUCCCUCUCCCCCCCCCCACUCUUCUCCUACUCUCCUCCGUCUUCUUCCUGUGAACCUUCUGUAGUAUUGUGAUGUCAUCAUUACCAGAGGUAGUUCAUUAGCAACAUAGAGAACAGACUUCACACUUUCCUCCUGUCAUUAUAAAACACCAUUUGAGACACGGCCUGGGGGGGGAUCAUGAUUCCUCCAUCUGUAGUUUAGCGUUGCUGCUGAUUGUGGGGAAUCUUUGUGUGUGGUCAAAUGAACUCUAGUGGAGAGAGGAGAGAGAUAAGGGGUGAAGCUGUCCAAUAUCAUCCAUGAAGGGGUGGAUAUACUGUAUAGACUUUGGAAAGAUGGCGACAUCUUACGAGUUCCAACCCAACUUUGCUCAUCCCAGACACCCUAGACCCACUCCAAUUUGCAUACCGCCCCAACAGAUCCACAGAUGAUGCAAUCUCAACUGCAUUUCACACAGCCCUGCAUAAGAGGGGAAAUAACUAUGUGAGAAUGCUGUUCAUAGAGUACAGCUCAGCGUUCAACACCGUAGUCCUCUGUAGCUCAGCUGGUAGAGCACAGCGCUUGUAACGCCAGGGUAGUGGGUUCAAUCCCCGGGACCACCCAUACGUAAAAAUGUAUGCACACAUGACUGUAAGUCGCUUUGGAUAAAAGCGUCUGCUAAAUGGCAUAUUAUUAUUAUUAUUAUUAUAGUCCCCUCCAAGCUCAUCACCAAGCUAGGGAUCCUGGGACUGAACUCCUCCCUCUGCAACUGGUGGUGAGGGUAGACAACAGCACCUCCGUCACGCUGACCCCUCAGGGGUAUGUGCUUAAGUACGCUCCUGUACUCACUGUUCAACCACGACUGUGUGGCCGCGGACAACUCCAACAUCAUCAUCGAGUUUGCUGACUACAUGAUGGUGGUUGGCCUGAUCACCAAAGGCGAUGAGACAGCCUACAGGGAGGAGGUCAGAGACCUGGCAGAGUGGUGCCAGAACAACAACCUCUCCCUCAACGUCAAUAAGACCAAAGGAGCUGAUCGUAGACUAUAGGAAAACAUUGAUGGGCUUUUGUGGAGCGGGUCGAGAGCUUUAAGUUCCUUGGCGUCCACAUCACAAAGGACUUAACAUGGUCCACACACACCUGCACAGUCGGAGGGUGAAAAUAUUUGGCAUGGGCCCUUAGAUCCUCAUGUUAUACAGCUGCACCAUCGAGAGCAUCUUGACUGGCUGCAUCACCACUUGGUAUGGCAAUUCCACCGCCCUUGACUGCAAAGUGCUACAAAGGGUGGUGCGGACAGCUCAGUACAUCACUGGGGCUGAGCUCCCUGCCAUCCAGGACCUCUAUAUCAGGACAUCCCAGUACAUCACUGGGGCUGAGCUCCCUGCCAUCCAGGACCUCUAUACCAGGCGGUGUAAGAGGAAACCCCAAAGUCUCCAGCCACUCAAGCCAUAGACUGUUCACUCUGCUACCGUCCGGCAAACGGUACCGGAGCAUCAGCUCUCACACCAACAGGCUCCAAGACAGCUUCUACCCCCAAGCCAUAAGACUGAUAAAUAGCCAGACUGCUAAAUAGUCAAUGAAUGGUACCUGAACUAUCUGCACUGACUCUAUCUUCCACUGACCCUACGCACACUCACUGGACACACACACUAUACACAUCAUAUGUGACCGACCGCCUUGAUUCGGUCUUAUGUAGCAACAUUUGAAAUUGUGUUUUUUACAUAAAAAUAAAAGCAGAGACACAGGGCUACAAAACUGCAUUUGAGGAACCACGGGAAAGUAAUUCUGCUUUGAAAGUUGAUAAACUUGUAAUUUCACUUUUGAGAAAAUGGCCUUUGAAUGUUUUGAUACCUAGUGAAGAGCUCUUCUUUGUCUACAUCCAUUCAGCAUCGUUCACACCAUCUUAAGCUUUAGCCCCACCCAUCUCGGAGCGCUCUCGGAGUGCACACUGGACGCUCUGGCCGAUGAGUAGGGUUGAUCCGAGCGUUCUGACCUCACAACGGCUGUCAAGCACCCCAGCUAACUGGCUAACAUUGGUUAGCUUGCUAUUUACUUUCAGACACAAAAUUGGGAUUAUGGUUCAUUGUUUACCUCUGGAUAACAUGAAAACGGCCUAACCAGCUCUGCUGGCAACAAUUUAAUUACACUUUUUUGCCAACGUUUACAGCCACUGGCCAUAUUCAAUGGGUGUUGUGUUUACGUAAAUUAAUCAGUUAUUCUGCACUCUGGCAUACUCAGACUGAAUUUACGAACGCACCCAAAAUAGUUAAUUGCAUAGUGGAGUCUUUUGUUAAGACAUGUAGCUAGCUAGCUAGCUAGGUAAACAAUGAACCUAGCUAGAUAAACAACGUGUAAGAUUUGUAAGUCGCUCUGGAUAAGAGCUAAAUGACGUAAAUGUAAGAUCAUACACGUCACGUAACGUUAGCUAGCAAGCCAGCCAGCUAACAAUAGCUAGUUAAACAAUGAACCAUAGUGCCAACUCAUGACAUUACUACCCUGCGUGAAUCUGCUGAUAGCUAACCAACCAGGUUCAUUGUUAGCUAGCUAACAUUAGGCUCUAACUAGCCAAGCAAACGGUUCUGAGAUACGAAUAAGAUCAUACACGUAACGUUAGCUAGCUGUCACACCCUGGCUCUGGGACUCUAUUUGUUGAGCCAGGGUGUGUUUAUUCUAUGUGUCAUAUGUCUAUGUUGGGAGUUCUAGUUUGUUUUAUUCUAUGUUUGCCUGAGUGACUCCCAAUCAGAGGCAACGAGUGUCAGCUGUUGGCUGGUUGUCUCUGAUUGGGAGCCAUAUUUAAACUGUCUGUUUUCCCUUUGUGUUUGUGGGUUCUUGUUCCGUGUUCGGUCAUUGUUACCGUGGACUUCACGAGUCGUUUCUUGUUUUGUUUAUUGUGUCGAUUAUCACUAAGGAUAAUAAAGUUCACUAUGUUCGUUCAACACGCUGCGCAUUGGUCUCUCCCUGACGAUCGUGACACUAGCGAGCAAGCCAGCUAACGUUAGCUAGCUAGCUAACAGUACACUUUAACUUGAAAUGAAACAACUUUCUGUCAAAAUUUGAAACGUGUAAUAUCUGAAAAUGUAGCUAGCUAGACUAUCUUACCCGUAUACAUGGAUGAACGCUUCUCCAUCUCUGUCACAGAUUUCAUGGUUGCCCUUAGUUUGAAGAUGUAAUCCAGAGACAGGUGUUUUCUCCAUCUCUUUAGCUAUCAUACUCUAAUUCCACUGAUUUAAAAACUCGAUCCUCCAGAAAGUGGAGAGCACACUUAUGUACAGUGCUAUGAAAAAGUAUUUGCCCCCUUUCUAAUUUUCUCCACUUUUGCAUAUUUGUGAUACUGAAUGUUAUCAGAUCUUCAACAAAAACCUAAUAUUAGAUAAAGGGAACAUAAGUGGACAAAUAACACAACAAUUACAUAUUUAUUUCAUAAACAAAGUUAUGCAACACCCAAUUCCCCUGUGUGAAAAAGUAAUUGCCCCCUUACACUCAAUAACUGGUUGUGUCACCUUUAGCUGCAAUGACUCCAACCAAAUACUUCCUGUAGUUGUUGAUCAGUCUCUCACGUCGCUGUGGAGGAAUUUUGGCCCACUCUUCCAUGUAGAACUGCUUUAACUCAGUGAUGUGUGGGUUUUCAAGCAUGAACUGCUCGUUUCAAGUCCUGCCACAACAUCUCAAUUGGGAUUAGUUCUGGACUUUGACUAGGCCAUUCCAAAACUUCCAAUUUGCUGCUUUUUAGCAAUUUUCAUGUAGACUUGAUUGUGUGUUUUGGAUCAUUGUCUUGCUGCAUGACCCAGCUGCGCUUCAGCUUCAGCUCACAGACGGAUGGUCUGACAUUCUCCUGUAGAAUUCUCUGAUACAGAGCAGAAUUCAUGGUUCCUUCUAUUAAGGCAAGUCGUCCAGGUCCUGAGGCAGCAAAGCAUCACACCACUACCACCAUGCUUGACCUUUGGUAUGAUGUUCUUACUGUGGAAUUCAGAGUUUGGUUUUCGCCGGGCAUUACUGGAACCAUGUCAUCCAAAAAGUUAUACUUUUGAAUCAUCUGUCCAUAGAACGUUCUUCCAAGAGUCUUGAUGAUCAUCCAGGUGCUUUUUGACAAACUUGAGUCAACUUUUUGGACGAGAUGGAUCCCAUUAUGCCUGGCGAAAACCAAACACUGCAUUCCACAGUAAGAACAUCAUACCAAAGGUCAAGCAUGGUGGUGGUGGUGUGAUGGUUUGGGGAUGCUUUGCUGCCUCAGGACCUGGACGACUUGCCUUAAUAGAAGGAACCAUGAAUAUUGCACACAUACACACUCACACUCACACUCACAUACUUUAACACUCAUCAUAUGCUGCUGCUACUCUGUUCUUUAUUUUACUCUUAUUAUUAUCUAUCCUGAUGCCUAGUCACGUUACCCUGCCUUCAUAUACAUAUCUACCACAAAUACCUUAUUAUUAUCUAUCCUGAUGCCUAGUCACGUUACCCUGCCUUCAUGUACAUAUCUACCUCAAAUACCUUAUUAUUAUCUAUCCUGAUGCCUAGUCACUUUACCCUGCCUUCAUGUCCAUAUCUACCACAAAUACCUCAUACCUCAGCACAUUGAUCUGGUACUGGUACCUCCUGUAUAUAGCUCCAUAUUGAUCUGGUACUCCCUGUAUAUAGCUCCACAUUGAUCAGGUACUCCCUGUAUAUAGCUCCAUUAUUGUGUAUUUUAUUUUAUUCCUCUUGGUAUAGUUACUAUUUUAUUUUGUAUAUAUAUAUUUUUUUACUCUGCAUCAUUGGGAAAGGUUAAUUUCACUGAAAAGUCUACAUCCGUUGUAUUCGACACAUUUUACAUUACAUUUUAGUCAUUUAGCAGAUGCUCUUAUCCAGAGCGACUUACGUGAUGAAGAAAAUUUGAUUAGAUUUGAAUUGAUAUUUAGGAAGGCAACAAUAAUCAAUAUCAAUUGGAGUUCAAAAAUCACAACGUCCUUCCACAUUUCCUUCCACGUCCUUCCACAUUUCCUUCCACGUCCUUAUCUCUAUUUCUAUCCAAAUGUAUCUCUACAACUAAGCUCAGUUUUCCAGUUGUCUGUCUCUCCAUCUCUCCUCUCUCCAAUAUUAUGAUCUGUCUUCCGGAUCUUUAUCUCACCAUCUCUUCUCUCUCUCUCCAACAGUAUGUUCUCGCUGUUGGUAGUUCAGUGUUCCAUGCCAUGUUUUAUGGAGAGCUGGCGGAAAACAAGGAUGAAAUCCGGAUUCCGGACAUAGAGCCUGCAGCGUUCCUGGCCAUGUUGAAGUAAGGAAGGAUGUCUCUCCUUUUUUUACCUCCAUCUAUUUCUGAGUUCCAAAUAUAACAUCUCUCUCUCUCUCUCUCUCUCUCUCUCUCUCUCUCUCUCUCUCUCUCUCUCUCUCUCUCUCUCUCUCUCUCUCUCUCUCUCUCUCUCUCUCUCUCUCUCUCUCUCUCUCUCUCUCUCUCUCUCUCUCUCUCUCUCUCUCUCCUUCUCUCUCUCUCUCUCUAUAAUAAUUAUCAUUAUUAUAACCAACCCCUCUACCUGUCCCCAGGUACAUCUACUGUGAUGAGAUAGAACUGAGCGCUGACACGGUGCUGGCCACGCUCUACACUGCUAAGAAGUACAUCGUGCCUCACCUGGCCAGAGCCUGUGUUAACUACCUGGAGACUAGCCUUUCAGCCAAGAACGCCUGCGUCCUGCUGUCACAGAGCUGUCUGUUUGAGGAGCCUGAGUUGACACAGCGCUGCUGGGAGGUGAGAAACCUUUUUGAAUAUUGUAUUUAUAAGGAGGCAGAGUUACUUCUGACAGCAUUUAUUGGAAAGGAGAUGGGACACUUUAAUGAUAGCUUCAGGAACAUCUUUACUAAGAUAAAACAGGAUAUGUUACAUAUGGCAUUGAGUAUUAUGGGUACUGUCGUAUAUAAUGCUACUAAUAUACACUGAACAAAAUAUAAACUCAACAUGCAACAAUUUAAAAGAUUACUGAGUUACAGUUCACAUAAGAAAAUCAGUCAAUUGAAAUAAAUUCAUUAGGCCCUAAUCUAUGGAUUUCACAUGACUGGGAAUAAAGAUAUGCAUCUGUUGGUCACAGAUACCUUAAAAAAUGUAUCUGGUGUGACCAAUAUUUGCCUCAUGAUCAGGCUGUUGAUUGUGGACUGUGGAAUGCUGUCCCAGUCCUCUUCAAUGGCUAUGAGAAGUUGCUGGAUAUUGACGGGAACUGGAACGUGCUGUUGUACAUGUUGAUCCAGAGCAUCCCAAACAUGCUCAAUGGGUGACAUGUCUGAGUAUGCAGGUCAUGGAAGAACUGGGACAUUUUCAGCUUCCAGGAAUUGUGUACAGAUCCUUGCGACAUGGGGCCGUGCAUUAUCAUGCUGAAACAUGAGGUGAUGGAGGCAGAUGAAUGGCACGACAAUUUUUAUUUUAUUUAUUUUUUCUUUUAUUUUCUUUUUUUUUCACCUUUAUUUAACCGGGUAAGCCAGUUGAGAACAAGUUCUCAUUUACAACUGCGAUCUGGCCAAGAUAAAGCAAAGCAGUGCGAUUAAAAACAACAACACAGAGUUACAUAUGACAAUAAGCCUCAGGAACUUGUCACGGUUUCACAGUUGUGGUCAAAAGUUUUGAGAAUGACACAAAUACUAAUUUUCGCAAAGUCUGCUGCCUCAGUUUUGAUGAUGGCAAUUUGCAUAUAGUCCCUCUUUGCCAUGAAAAUGAACUUCAUCCCAAAAAGAAAUGUCCACUGCAUUUCAGCCCUGCCACAAAAGGACCAGCUGCCAUCAUGUCAGUGAUUCUCUUGUUAACACAGUUGAGAGUGUUGACGAGGACAAGGCUUGAGAUCACUCUGUCAUGCUGAUUGAGUUAGAAUAACAGACUGGAAGCUUUAAAAGGAGGGUGGUGCUUGAAAUCAUUGUUCUUCCUCUGUUACCCAUGGUUACCUGCAAGGAAACACGUGCCGUCAUCAUUGUUUUGCACAAAAAGGGCUUCACAAGCAAAGAUAUUGCUGCUAGUAAGAUUGCACUUAAAUCAACCAUUUAGCGGAUCAUCUAGAACUUCAAGGAGAGAGGUUCAAUUGUUGUGAAGAAGGCAUCAGGGUGACCAAGAAUGUCCAGCAAGCGCCAGGACCAUCUCCUAAAGUUGAUUCAGCUGCGGGAUCGGGGCACCACCAGUGCAGAGCUUGCUCAGGAAUGGCAGCAGGCAGGUGUGAGUGCUCUGCACGCACAGUGUGGCGAGGACUUUUGGAGGAUGGCCUGGUGUCAAGAAGGGCAGCGAGGAAGCCACUUCUCUCCAGGAAAAACAUCAGAGACAGACUGAUAUUCUGCAAAAGGUACAGGGAUUGGACUGCUGAGGACUGGGGUAAAGUCAUUUUCUCUUGUGUCAUUCUCAAAACCUUUGACCACGACUGUACAUUAAAAUUGCCAUUGAUCAAAUGCAAUUGUGUUCGUUGUCCGUAGCUUGUGCCUGCCCAUACCAUAACCCCACUGCCACCAUGGGGCACUCUGUUUACAACAUUGACAUCAGCAAACCGCUCGCCCACACAACACCAUACACUCUGUCUGCCAUCUGCCCGGUACAGUUGAAUCCGGGAUUCAUCCAUGAAGAGCACAGUUCUCCAGUGUGCAGUGGCCAUUGAAGGUGAGCAUUUGCCCACUGAAGUCGGUUACGACACCAAACUGCAGACAGGUCAAGACCCUGGUGAGGAUGACGAGCACCAGGAUGAGCUUCCCUGAGAUGGUUUCUGACAGUUUGUACAGACAUUCUUAGGAUGUGCAAACCCACAGUUUCAUCAGCUGUCCAGGUGGCUGGUCUCAGACGAUCCCGCAGGUGAAGAAGCCAGGACGUGGAGGUCCUAGGCUGGCGUGGUUACACAUGGUCUGCGCUUGUGAGGCCGGUUGGACGUACUGCCAAAUUCUCUAAAACUAAAUUACGUUGGAGGCGGCUUAUGGUAGAGAAAUGAACUUGCAAUUCUCUGGUAACAGCUCUGGUGGUCAUUCCUGCAGUCAGCACGCCAAUCGCAUGCUCCCUCAAAACAUGAAACAUCUGAGGCAUUGUGUGUGUGGGGGGGGGGGGGGGGGGGGGGGUGUUCUACUAAGCUACAGUAUAUGAAAUUGUUUUUAAAAGGUCAUACCAAGGAUCAUUUUGCUAUUUGAUUUGGAAUUUUAAGACCCCUUGAAGUAUAAAAAACUAAUAUUUAAAAAAAAAUAUGAAAAAUGUUAUUUGGCCUUGCUGCUAUUAGCCCAUACAAAUGCAUUGAAUAACAUAUUCACUACAUGGAACAACAGAUAGUCCCCCCCAGGAAAUCUAAAGGAAGUUUGUUCUGAAGUGUCUGUCCUAUUUCUGAGAGAUAUUAGAAAGAUCAGGAAACAUCAGGAAACAUGUUUUAUUUUAUUUUGUCCCCUUUAUAUUUAUCCCCUUAUUUUUGGCACUAAACAGUAUCCAUAUAUACAGUACUUCCAUUCAUUUCUUCAACUGGUAUAUUCAGACGAGUCUUGUGAGGCCUGUUGGCGUUCAAAACAACAAUAUGUGCGUGUUUGUGAGAGUCUCAUCUUUCCACAGAGGGGUCAUAUUAGUGUGUAGUCCAAACCGUUCGGACGCUACAGACAGAAGUUGGCAGAUCAGCUGUAUCUGACUUCAGACGAGUCCCAAGACACUUUUGGGGGUCGUAGACCAAACCUGAGAACACCAUCUUGUAGUUCCAAGACGCUUUUGGGAGCAAAACGGAGAACAAAGACUCUACAGACCAUUUUGUCUCAUGGUCUGACAAGCUCUGUCACCUUUCACUGCAGAUGUGGACGGAGACGCAUCCAAUGCAAAAAAACCCCAGAUAUCUUUAGCUUAAAUUGACAGAUUUUUGAUGGGGAAUUUUUUAUUUUGCCAAUUAGAUUUUCCUCGGGGGUGCAGAGAUCAACCUUUAUAAGCUUCUUGAUAUGCCACGUGUGACGAGUACUGAGGAUACGAAGAGGCAGGACACAGAUGCAGGAAUCAACAAGGUAAAGGUUUACUUAACAAUUAGAAAGAGAAUAAGAAGGAGAGAGUAAACGACACGAAGCUAAACAAUCACACACAACACAAUGACUGAACAGUCCAGGGCUACAUAGGGGUGGUGAUGAGACGAUGAGGUGCAGGUGCACUGGAGGUGAUUAGGGUGCGUUGGGUUUCCCUUCCUGUGUUUGCCGAGGUGGUGCGCUCAGACCGGUGGCUCAGUAGACCAGCGAAUCAGAGCGCCGGAGGGGAGCAACGCGAGGAGAGGUGACAACAUGUCAGGUGGAUUAUCUUGGCGAAGGAGAAAUACUCCACUUUACAGGGGAUGUAAACUAAUUUGUGCACAAAAUUUGAGAGAAAUAAUAUUUUUGUGCAUAUGGAAACAUUCUGGGAUAUUUUAUUUCAUCUCAUGAAAAAUGGGACCAACACUUUACAUGUUGCGUUUAUAUUUUCGAUCAGUAUAUCUUGGGCUGAAAUGCUAGAGUUUUAUCAAUGACCAGUAAUGUCGGUUGUCUUAAACUUGGCCAGUGUGUUUUCUUAGUUGUGUCUCUGCAUGCUGAAGAAGGCUGCGGGUCGAAACGCGUCUGUCUGUGGAUUACUCAUCCGUCUCCGUCCCCAUCCCACCAGGUGAUUGAUGCCCAGGCAGAGCUGGCCCUGACAUCGGAGGGUUUCACGGACAUCGACUCCAAGACACUCGAGAGUAUCCUCCAGAGAGACACCCUGAAUGCCAAGGAGGAGGUGGUGUUCGAGGCAGCUAUGAGCUGGGCCGAAGCAGAAUGUCAGAGAAAGGACCUCACCACCUCCAUCGACAACAAACGCAAGGUAUUACUAACGGGAUUACAGCAACGCUGACAUUAACCAUCAACCCAACAUUUUAGCCAUCAUGGCAAGAGAGCCAAACCUCUUGACGAGGUUGCUAGGUGUUGGGUUAAGGUCACUACAUUAUCUUAUGAUAGUAUUUAUUGAUGAUAUCUUAUGCUGAUCUACAAUGGUAUGUUUAGGAGUACUUUGUAGCUCCUCAGUUUCUAGUGUGUUUAGGGUUUACUCAGUCAAGGGUUUUUCUUUAUUUUUAUACUAUUUUUUACAUUGUAGAAUAAUAGUGAAGACAUCAAAACUAUUAAAUAACACAUAUGGAAUCAUGUAGUAACCAAAAAAGUAUUAAACAAAUCAAAUAUAUAUUUUCUAUUUGAGAUUCUUCAAAUACCCUUUGCCACCCUUUGCCUUGAUGACAGCUUUCAAUUAACAGGUGUGCCUUCUUAAAAGUUAAUUUGUGGAAUUUCUUUCCUUCUUAAUGCGUUUGAGCCAAUCAGUUAUUUUGUGACAAGAUAGGGGGGUAUACAGAAGAUAGCCGUAUUAUGGCAAGAACAGCUCAAAUAAGCAAAGAGAAACGACAAUCCAUCAUUACUUUAAGACAUGAAGGUCAGUCAAUAUGGAAAAGUUAAAGAACUUUGAACGUUUCUUCAAGUGCAGUCGCAAAAACCAUCAAGCAGUAUGAUGAAACUGGCUCUCUUGAGGACCGCCACAGGAAUGGAAGACCCAGAGUUACCUCUGCUGUAGAGGAAAAGUUAAUUAGAGUUACCAGCCUCAGAAAUUGCAGCCCAAAUAAAUGCUUCACAGAGUUCAAGUAGCAGACACAUCUCAACAUCAACUGUUCAGAGGAGACUGUGUGAAUCAGGCCUUCAUGGUCGAAUUGCUGCAAAGAAACCACUACUAAAGGACAUCAAUACGAAGAAGAGACUUGCUUGGGCCAAGAAACACGAGCAAUGGACAUUAAAACUGUGGAAAUGUGUCCUUUGGUCUGGAGUCCAAAUUUGAGAUUUUGGGUUCAAACCGCUGUGUCUUUGUGAGACACGGUGUGGGUGAAUGGAUGAUCUCCGCAUGUCCAACGUAAAGCAUGGAGGAGGAGGUGUUAUGGUGUGCGGGUGCUUUGCUGGUGAAACUGUCUGUGAUUUAUUUAGAAUUCAAGGCACACUUAACAAGGAUGGCUACCACAGCAUUCUGCAGCGUUACGCCAUCCCAUCUGGUUUGGGCUUAGUGGGACUAUCAUUUGUUUUUCAACAGGACAAUGACCCUACACACCUCCAGGCUGGGUAAGGGCUAUUGUACCAAGAAGGAGAGUGAUGGAGUGCUGCAUCAGAUGACCUGGCCUCCACAAUCCUCUGACCUCAACCCAAUUGAGAUGGUUUGGGAUGAGUCGGACGGCAGAGUGAAGGAAAAGCAUCCAACAAGUGCUCAGCAUAUGUGGGAGCUCCUUCAAGACUGUUGGAAAAGCAUUCCACGUGAAGCUGGUUGAGAGAAUACCAAGAUUGUGCAAAGCUGUCAUCAAGGCAAUGGGUGGCUAUUUGAAGAAUCUCAAAUAUAAAAUAUAUUUUGAUUUGUUUAACACUUCUUUGGUUACUAUGUGAUUCCAUAUGUGUUAUUUCAUAGUUUUUCAUAGUAGUCUUCACUAUUAUUCUACAAUAAAAAAAAAUGUUCAAAUAAAGAAAAACCCUUGAAUGAGUAGGUGUGUCCAAACUUUUGACUGGUACUGUAUAUAUUUUCCUGCUGUGUGACAUGAAAUUUCCCCUCGGCAAUGAAUUAAUCAACUACAGUGGGGAGAACAAGUAUUUGAUACACUGCCGAUUUUGCAGGUUUUCCUACUUACAAAGCAUGUAGAGGUCUGUAAUUUUUAUCAUAGGUACACAUCAACUGUGAUAGACGGAAUCUAAAACAAAAAUCCAGAAAAUCACAUUGUAUGAUUUUUAAGUAAUUAAUUUGCAUUUUAUUGCAUGACAUAAGUAUUUGAUCACCUACCAACCAGUAAGAAUUCCGGCUCUCACAGACCUGUUAGUUUUUCUUUAAGAAGCCCUCCUGUUCUUCACUCAUUACCUGUAUUAACUGCACCUGUUUGAACUCGUUACCUGCAUAAAAGACACCUGUCCACACACUCAAUCAAACAGACUCCAACCUCUCCACAAUGGCCAAGACCAGAGAGCUGUGUAAGGACAUCAGGGAUAAAAUGGUAGACCUGCACAAGGCUGGGAUGGGCUACAGGACAAUAGGCAAGCAGCUUGGUGAGAAGGCAACAACUGUUGGCGCAAUUAUUAGAAAAUGGAAGAAGUUCAAGAUGACGGUCAAUCACCCUCGGUCUGGGGCUCCAUGCAAGAUCUCACCUCGUGGGCCAUCAAUGAUCAUGAGGAAGGUGUGGGAUCAGCCCAGAACUACACGGCAGGACCUGGUCAAUGACCUGAAGAGAUCUGGGACCACAGUCUCAAAGAAAACCAUUAAUAACACACUACGCCGUCAUGGAUUAAAAUCCUGCAGCGCACGCAAGGUCCCCCUGCUCAAGCCAGCGCAUGUCCAGGCUGAAGUUUGCCAAUGACCAUCUGGAUGAUCCAGAGGAGGAAUGGGAGAAGGUCAUGUGGUCUGAUGAGACAAAAAUAUAGCUUUUUGGUCUAAAUUCCACUCGCCAUGUUUGGAGGAAGAAGAAGGAUGAGUACAACCCCAAGAACACCAUCCCAACCGUGAAGCAUGAAGGUGGAAACAUCAUUCUUUGGGGAUGCUUUUCUGCAAAGGGGACAGGACGACUGCACCGUAUUGAGGGGAGGAUGGAUGGGGCCAUGUAUCGCGAGAUCUUGGCCAACAACCUCCUUCCCUCAGUAAGAGCAUUGAAGAUGGGUUGUGGCUGGGUCUUCCACACAGCCAGGGCAACUAAGGAGUGGCUCCGUAAGAAGCAUCUCAAGGUCCUGGAGUGGCCUAGCCAGUCUCCAGACCUGAACCCAAUAGAAAAUCUUUGGAGGGAGCUGAAAGUCCGUAUUGCCCAGCGACAGCCCCGAAACCUGAAGGAUCCGGAGAAGUUCUGUAUGGAGGAGUGGGCCAAAAUCCCUGCUGCAGUGUGUGCAAACCUGGUCAAGACCUACAGGAAACAUAUGAUCUCUGUAAUUGCAAACAAAGGUUUCUGUACCAAAUAUUAAGUUCUGCUUUUCUGAUGUAUCAAAUACUUAUGUCAUGCAAUAAAAUGCAAAUUAAUUACUUAAAAAUCAUACAAUGUGAUUUUCUGGAUUUUUGUUUUAGAUUCCGUCUCUCACAGUUGAAGUGUACCUAUGAUAAAAAUUACAGACCUCUACAUGCUUUGUAAGUAGGAAAACCUGCAAAAUGGGCAGUGUAUCAAAUACUUGUUCUCCCCACUGUAUAUAUCUUUCUUUUUUAGGUGCUGGGCAAUGCCGUAUUCCUCAUCCGCAUCCCUACCAUGGCAUUGGAUGACUUUGCCAAUGGUGCCGCCCAAUCAGGCGUCCUGACGCUGAACGAAACCAACGACAUCUUCCUGUGGUAUACCGCGGCCAAGAAACCGGACCUCCAGUUCGCCAGCCAACCCCGGAAGGGCCUGUCUCCCCAGCAAUGCCACCGUUUCCAGUCCUGCGCCUACCGGAGCAACCAGUGGCGCUACCGGGGACGCUGCGACAGCAUCCAGUUCGCCGUGGACAAACGGGUCUUCAUCGCCGGGUUCGGCCUCUACGGCUCCAGCUGCGGAUCGGCGGAGUACUCGGCUAAGAUCGAGCUCAAGCGCCAGGGCCUUGUCCUCGGACAGAACCUGAGUAAAUACUUCUCUGACGGUUCUAGCAACACGUUCCCUGUGUGGUUUGAGUAUCCCGUUCAGAUAGAACCGGAUACGUUCUACACGGUCAGCGUGGUGCUGGAUGGGAAAGAGUUGAGUUACUUUGGACAGGAAGGCAUGACCGAGGUGCAGUGUGGGAAGGUGACGUUUCAGUUCCAGUGUUCAUCAGAGAGUACCAACGGGACCGGAGUCCAAGGGGGACAGAUACCUGAACUCAUCUUCUACACAUAA